GAUGUAGAGGUAGGGGGAAUCCAGUUAUUCAGCAUCGAGAUUCUUAUUCCUAUCUCUCGUGCUCAUGCAUUUAUCUCAAUGGCAUAGCGGACCCUGCAGUGUAUGCAGCGCAGCGCGUUGUGCCACUGACCAAGUUUGAUAAGGUUGCGGUGAGAGUUUGGACUUUUCAGAUAGAUAAAUAGAACAGGUAGGAUGUAGAAAUAGACCAAUAAUUAUUCUCGUGAUGUAUAGUGUUUCGUCUCUACUCUUCUUAUUCUUCGCUAGCUGUUUGAUGGUGACAAAAUUACUCAGCACCGGAGAAGCGGCAGCCAGCACAAUGAAUUACAAGGUUAACGAGACCGCAGUCAUCAAACGGGUGAAGUUAGAAGCUUCCAAAGGACGCCCUGCCCUCCAGUAUCGCAUUCAGUUGAUAGAUGAACCUUUAUUCAAGGAGGCAUUGGCGUUCAUGAAUGAGCAUUUUGUACUGAAUAAUAAUUUGAUGAAAUCUCUAGCUCCAGGUGUGGCGCCCACCGAGCCUAUUGAAGACGAUGACGAGGAACCAGGUCCAUGGGAGAUGGCCCUCUCUGAAGGUAUCUCAUUAGCCGCAAUCUUAGAAGACGAUCAAGGAACCACGGGUAGCAUGAUUGCUUGUUACAUGUUGGGAAUAGAGAGAAAAGGGGAAGUUUUUUCGUUGCCGGAGGGGCAAGAUAUACCUGAGUUUUUUAGAUACAUCGGGAAGACCCUGGAAGAUGUGGAGGCGAAAGCAGACGUAUACACGAUAUUCAACUGCACCUCUUACGUCGCUGGAUACGGGUUGGCAACCGCACCGAAGUAUCAACGGCGGGGGAUCGGCGAGGAGAUGCUCCGGGCGCGUGCCCAGGUUUGCAGGAUCACCGACACCCCGGUCAGUGCCGCCGUCUUCACCGGUGAGGCCUCCCAGAAGCUUGCCAAGAAAUGCGGCUACCAGACGCUCGCCGAGCUGGAUCUCACCACGUACCGCAUCGACGGCAAACUCAUCUACCCGAACCCGGAAUGGCCCGUCAUCAAGUGGAUGGCCAUUCGCUACUUCUGAUGACUCGCUUCUCAUAUUGUAGGGGACGUCCAUAAAUUACGUCACCCAUUUUUUUCAAUUUUUCGACCCCCCCUCCCCCUCCCUUCCCCUCUCUCCCCUCCCC